ACAGAAACAUGGCGUCCCAGUCCAGCCUCUCUACUUUAUUUCCUAUCCAAAGUGAGCUGGAUUCUGCCCUAGAUGAAGCUACGACUCAACAAGAGAAAGAAGAUAUUGUCAACGAGUAUUUAAAAAAACUAGACGAAAGAGAUGAUCUGAAGAUACCGGAUUUCCAGACAGGCUUGGAAUGGCUGAACACGGAGGGCCCUCUGUCUCUGAACAAGGAGCUGGAUGGGAAAGUGGUGCUGCUGGACUUCUUCACCUACUGCUGCAUCAACUGCAUUCACAUCCUGCCUGACCUGCACCAGCUGGAGGAGAAGCACUCGGCCAAAGACGGAUUGGUAAUUGUUGGUGUGCACUCAGCUAAAUUCCCCAAUGAAAAGGUCCUCGACAACGUCCGCAGCGCUGUGCUCCGCUAUGACAUCUGCCACCCGGUAGUGAACGACAGCGAGGCGCGCCUGUGGCAUGACCUUGAGGUGUCCUGCUGGCCCACCCUAGUCCUCCUGGGACCCCGGGGCAACUUGCUCUUCUCCCUGGUGGGCGAGGGCCACCGCGACAGGCUGACGCUCUUCACUGACCUCGCCCUCCGUCACUACGGGGCUCAGGGUCUGCUGAAGACACACACAGUGGGCAUCAAGCUGUACCGGGACUCCCUGCCCCCCAGCGUGCUGUCUUUUCCUGGAAAGGUCGCCGUAGACAACAACAGGAAAAGACUGGCCAUAGCAGACACUGGGCAUCACCGGGUUCUGGUGGUGUCGUCCACCGGAGAGCUGUUACAUGUCAUUGGAGGGCCUAAAAGUGGGAGACAAGAUGGCGACUUGUCUGAAGCUUCCUUUAACUCCCCUCAGGGCGUGGCCAUUAAAGGGGACACUUUAUACGUGGCCGACACUGAAAACCACCUGAUCAGAAAGAUUGACCUGUUGGAGGGAAGAGUCAGCACUCUCGCUGGAGUGGGUGCUCAAGGCACAGACAAAGAGGGGGGGGCCCUGGGACCCCAGCAGCCCAUCAGCUCUCCCUGGGAUGUGACCCUCGGGACCGCCGGUGAGUCUCGUGGUUAG